AUGCAUAGCAACCAAACGGCAACAGAUUGGGGCGGGCGGGCGGGCGGCGCCGGCGCGGUCGCGGGUGGGCGGCGUGGGGGCUGCGGGCGGCUGCCGCGCUCGGUCCCAGCGUCGGGCGCGGGCUCGGGCCGCGGCCGGCGCGCUCGGCGCAGUGUCGCACGCGCCGCCUGUGGUCGCGCACCGUCCGUCGCUCCGCCGAGCCCCCGCGCCGCCUCCCCGCCCUGCCGCACCACGCGUGCGCUGGGCGCGUCGCGCGGGCCGCGGGCCAGGCCCGCGAGCCUGCUGCUGCUCGCCGCGUGGCUGGCGGCCGUCGCCGCCGACGUCGCCUGUCCGCAGGAGCUGCCGCCGGCGCACGUCGUCUGCACCUCCUGCCGCUCGUACGAGAACGCGCGCGAGCACAGCCUGCGGGUGAUCCGGGAGAGCUUGCUGGCCAAGCUCGGCUUCGCGCAGGCGCCCAACACGACCGGCCGGCAGCUGCCGCGGGUGCCGGCAGAUCUCAUGGAGCGCUUCGAGCGCCGACCGCCGCCGGCGGGCGUGCAGGCCGACGCGCCGGCACUCUCGCGCACCUUCGUCACUCACACCGAGCAGGACGACUUCCUCGCCCGCACAGAUAAUGUCCUCGUAUUUGCCCCUGAAUGCAGAACCCGCAUGCUUCGACCACCCUCGAUCUUACUCGUAGCAAAAAAAUCUGUACACCAGUGCAAUAGGUAUCUAGGUUUUUGAGUCCGUUUAAAUGGAGUCCUUUCAAUUAAAUUGUGAAGACUGCCACAAAAGACUGCAAACAACAACAGGCACCUUGGCAGCGGAGGUUGUUAACCGGGACAUUAGAUGGGGCGCAAUUGAGGCCAGUGUGCGAGCGAGUUCAAGAGCAAUUUGGGUUCCGUAGGUCAGUUCAGCGAAGGUAACCUUGACAUUGACGACAAUAACACCACCUGUUUGCUCUGUUACAAUCCACAAUUAAUAAGAAAAUAUUCAAAAAGUGGAACUGAUCUUCCUAUUGCGCGUUCCAGACCGGUCACAGACAUUAAAUCAUUAUCUUUGUGGCAUCUAGGUAGGUGUAAGGUAAAUAGAAAAAGAUUUGCCUUUAUAUCGUACCUACGAGUUCGUUUUUGUAACUAAUGAAUAAUGACUAUUUCGAUUUACCUAAAGCUCAGGGCAGACAGAGGUCAGUUUUAGCGACACACCUUGAA